CUGGUUGCCGAGUCCCCGAGAGGUGUCGUUGGGCACCGGCUGGAAAAGAGCGCUCUUUACAAUCUACCGGCCAGCUGCUGAGGCGGCGGUUAUGGCUGUGUCAGCAUAACAGUCGUGCACGGUACUAUAGGCAGAUCCCAGGGAGCGGGGCAGAUGUAGUUUCCGAUAUAUGGGACGCAGCCGCUUGCAGACAACUUGCUCACUUCCUGGAGGCCAUGGAGAUUGCCUAGAGUCUACCCCAGUCCCCUUAUGUAAGGAUAUGCAUCCUUCUUUUUACUGACUAUUUGGAAUUUGUCAUUAAAUCUUAAAAAUGAGUGUGGUAUCUGCAGAGGUGAACAGCACGCUACCGGAUGAGAUCAUGGAAACCGGCAUGUCCAUAGCGGAUGAUGACAGCAUUGAAGCCAUUACGGUCUCCUCUCCCAUGGCGGAAGAGGUGCCCAUGGAAACCGAACUGGAAGAAAUAGUGGAAGUAAGCAGCAGCGGAGAAUGCAUUACUACGUCUCAGGUUAAGGAAGGUGGCACAACCCCAAGUAACCAUAGUAGUCACCUGGCGGCGGUAGUAAAUGUAGCUUCAAAGCCAAGUCCUGCACCUUCGGCUACAGCCAUGAAGACCGUCCUGCAAAGUGGCAUCCACAAGUUGGGGACACCUCUGUCCGGACAGAUGGUUCUCAAUAAGUCAUCUGAGCUAGCGGCCGGCAGUCGGAUAAAACAAGAGAAGGUGUAUGUGACAACUCUGGGAAAAGGAAGCAAUCCCAUUGUCUUUAUUCCACAGAACACAAUGGCAAGCACACAAAAAGCUGUGCAAAACCAGCACUUGGAUACAAAAGGGACACCACAGCAGAUCAAGCUGGUCACUUUAGGAGGUCAAGGUGGGGUGUCUUCUUUGACGUCAGCUCAACUCUUCAACACCAAGUCUUCCCUUCAGGGCCAGCAAAUACAGAAUGUCCAGAUUGCUAAAAAAGUUCCUUUAUCAACGUCAUCAGGUGCUGUCAUCACAAAGCUCAUCAUUGCAAAACCAUCAAACAACAAACCCCUCAGCUCUGGACAGACUCAAUCAACUUCAGUAUAUACGGGCAGGGUACUUCCUCAUAGUAAUUCCGGUGGUGCAACCAAAGCUAUCACAAUCUCUGAAAGCGGAGUCGUUGGGACAUCUAUGGAAUCAGCUCAGACAUCAAACAAAAUUGCUAUAUCCCCUCUAAAGUCUCCUCCUACAAAGGUGACAGUGGUGUCUGUUGGCUCCCAACCUUCCAAUUCGCCCCAGAAAACAGGUGGAGUUCCUAUAAGUGUAGCUCUGAGCCAACAGCUCUUGACUGUGCAGUCAUCAACUUCCUCUUCUCCUGUAAAGGCUGUCACCAAUAGCACAACUGCUCAGAGCAUGAAACCAACAGUUCAGACUAUAGCAGUUGGUGGGGUCAACACACCUCAGUUUAAAACAAUUAUACCCCUUUCAGCCGCUCCUAAUGUACAACAAAUUCAGGUUCCUGGAAGCAAGUUUCAUUAUGUCCGGCUUGUGACUACUUCUACUGCAAACAGUUCCAUACCUUCCACUCAGAACCCCAGUACCAGCACACAGCAAGCUAAACCAAUGGUGGUAAAUGCAACUCCCGUACGGAUGUCUGUUCCAAUAGUUCCAGCACAGACUGUAAAACAAGUUGCGCCAAAACCAGUAAAUGCACCUAUUGUGACUACAAGCCAACCACAGCAGCGACUUCUUAUGCCUGCUACGCCACUCGCACAGAUCCAGCCGAACCUCACAAAUCUUCCUGUCUUGACACCUGCUCCAGGCACAGGAAAUAUGGGUUAUGCUGUCCUGCCUGCUCAGUAUGUUACCCAGUUGCAGCAGUCGUCUUAUGUAUCUAUUGCCAGUAAUGCAGGAAUAUCUGGGACACAAAAUUCACAGAAUCAAGCUCGGGCACCACUGAAUGGCAUAAUGCCUUCUGAAGCAACAAAUCGCCCAAGAAAGCCAUGCAACUGCACAAAGUCACUAUGCUUGAAACUAUAUUGUGACUGUUUUGCCAAUGGAGAGUUUUGCAACAACUGCAAUUGUACGAACUGUUACAACAACCUCGAGCAUGAGAAUGAACGGCAAAAAGCUAUUAAGGCGUGCUUAGACAGAAAUCCGGAAGCAUUCAAACCAAAAAUUGGCAAAGGAAAGGAAGGGGAAUCUGACCGACGACACAGUAAAGGCUGCAAUUGCAAACGGUCUGGAUGCUUAAAGAACUACUGUGAAUGCUAUGAGGCCAAAAUUAUGUGUUCCUCAAUAUGCAAGUGCAUAGGCUGCAAAAAUUUUGAGGAGAGCCCGGAGCGCAAGACUUUAAUGCACCUGGCUGAUGCUGCAGAAGUGAGGGUACAACAGCAAACUGCAGCCAAAACGAAAUUGUCUUCUCAGAUCUCUGACUUGCUUACAAGACCUGCACCAUCGCUUACAAGUGGAGGAGGAAAGCUACCGUUCACAUUUGUCACAAAAGAAGUUGCGGAGGCUACAUGUGCAUGUCUUCUAGCCCAAGCUGAGGAAGGGGAAAAGCUCUCAAAGUCCAAAGCUGCCACAGAGCGGAUGAUCUUAGAGGAGUUUGGCCGCUGUUUAAUGAGGGUAAUUAACUCUGCAGGAAAAGCCAAAAGUGACCCUUGCCCUAUGAGCUGUUAAACUUAAGGCAUAUGGACUGGCAUGAGAGACCAGUUAUUGUGGCAAUGAAAGGGAGAGAGAGAGUGCUUUCUGGGAAUGCAUGGAGAUCUCUGACCCAAAGUACUGAAGUCUCAGCCCACAAUCCAUGGAAGAACCUGAGUACUAAUAUCCAGGCUUUGAUAUUGACAUUUAAAAUGUACAUAGCAACAGAAAAAUAGAUUUUAUGACAAACAAUACUUUUAACUCUUGCUGUUGACUUUUCUCUUAAACCCUGUAUAGACGAUAUCCCACUGGGAAUGCAGAAUUGUUUUGCUUGUUUCCUUGUCGUGUUUUCCUUAUUUGAUCAAGUAUUUUAAUGUUUGUUUUCAAUCACCAUGUGUCUUAUGAUAGACAGAAUUUCAUUUUUUUUUUCAUUCUGGAGUGGUAAGUGCAAAGUGCUCUGCGGAUUGCUGUGCUCCUGUAAAUGCUUCAACAGGAUCUUAAUGGACA